UAAGAGAAUCUUCUUUUCACCUUCAUCACAAGUACAAUGAAACUGUAGUAUACCUGAUGAGCAAGUUUUGUGUUAACUAUUUAGUUCCUUCAUGUCUAAGAAAUUCUUUAUAUUUGUCUGCCCCUUGUGUUUUGAUUAACUCCCAUGUAUAUAAAGAAGCUUUGAGUGACAUUGUUGCUGCAUGCAUGCUUUCAAUUGCCUUGUUGAGAAAGAAGUGUCGUAAAAAAAUAGCAAAGUAUGGAGAGGAGUAUUUUUAAUGCCAAGAGGGAGGAUCUUGAUCUUGCAAGUUUGGUACAAAUUGUUUUCUCGUGGACUUUUAACGAUGUUCGCAACGAAAACUUAUGCAAACACAAGGUGCAGAAGAUACCAUUGACAUUCAUGUCAGUAACAGAUUACAUGAGCUCCUUCAUUCCUUCAUUGAUUGAGGAAACUCACAGUGAUCUAUCUUCGAGCUUAAACAGCGUGCACCGUGCUCCUUUUUGUCAGAUAUUGAUAGCUGAACCUGAAAGAUCCAAAAGCUUUAUACCCUCCAAUUUCUUGCUCUAUCAAAUUUCAGUGAACAGAACUAAUAAUGAUACAAGAGAUGUUGGAACAUAUGAACCAGAGGUUGGAGAUCUCAUUGCCUUGACAGACAUGAAACCAAAAACUGUGGAAGACUUAAACAGGCCUAGAAGAUACUAUCACAUUGCUUAUGUUUAUGGUUCCAAAAAAAGUACUGACAAGAUCUCAAUUAUCUCUUCCAAAUGCAUUGACAUGGAGAUUAGUUCAUCAUCUUACAUGAGCAACAAUGGACCAAAGCUUUAUGCUAUCUAUCUUUUGAACCUGACAACAAAUAUUCGUGUUUGGAAAGCCUUAAACUCUGAGCUAGAGGGUGCAAACAUGAACAUGAUGAAAAAGGUGCUGCGAGCCGAUUCAAAUGAUGGAGAAAACUGUCAACUAUGCAUUUCGGGAGAAGACCAUAUUGCAGCUUGUUCUAGAGCAGAAAACAUAAUCCAGUCUCAGAAUCUAAAUGAAUCCCAAAAAGAUGCAGUUUUAAGUUGUGUUUCCAUGAGGGAAUGUCAUCACAGUGACACUGUUAAACUUAUUUGGGGUCCACCAGGAACUGGCAAAACAAAGACAGUGGCUUCCUUGUUAUUUUCCUUGCUCAAGUUUAAAACCAGAACAUUAACAUGCACUCCAACAAAUACUGCAGUGUUGGAAGUGGCUUCUCGCCUGCAGAAUUUAGUUAAAAAGUCACUUGAGCAUGAUACCAAUACAUAUGGCUUUGGUGAUAUAGUGAUAUUCGGCAACAGAUCUCGAAUGAAAGUAGACUGUUAUCGGUGCCUUGAGGAUAUCUUUCUUGAUUAUCGUGCAAAUAAUCUUUUGAGGUGUUUUUCUCCAUCCACUGGAUGGAAACAUUACUUAGAAUCAAUGAUCAUGUUGCUUGAUGACCCCUCAAAGCAAUAUAGUUUGUAUAAGCUUGGUGUAGAACAAGAUCUUAUGUCAUUAGAACAAUUUGCAGGGCAAAAAGGCAAUGAUGUAGAACUUUCAUAUAGUUCAUACAAGCAACAUGAAAAGAAUGGUGAUCCAAUGUCGUUAGAGCAAUUUGUGAAAUCUCACCUUUCAUAUAAGGAAAAUAAAAAGAAUAGUGUCAUGACAUUGGAGCAAUUUGUUAAGCAGAGAUUCAGUUGCAUUGUAGAGGAGCUCAAGGUAUGUAUGCGAACCUUGCAUACACACCUACCAACAUCUUUAAUUCCAUUUGAGGAGAUGAAGAAAAUUCCUAUAGCUCUUGAUUUGCUAACAUCUCUUGAAAGCUCCUUGAGUAAAGCCAAUUUGAAACAAACUCUCAAUGCAGAUGGAGAAAUAAUUUUUGAUUGCCUUGGAAUGUUAAACAUCAAAAGAAAAGAGUGUCUUUGCUUACUAAGAUCACUUCUUGAGAAAAUUUUACUUCCAAACAUUACUGACAAAUAUGGAAUAGAAAAAUUUUGCUUGAUAAAUGCAAGCCUGAUUUUCUGUACUGCAUCAAGUUCUACUAGACUUUUCGUUGAAGGAAUGACACCAAUACAAUUUCUAGUUAUUGAUGAAGCAGCCCAACUAAAAGAAUGUGAAUCAGUCAUUCCAUUGCAGCUGCCAGGUCUCCACCAUGCUAUCCUCAUUGGUGAUGAGAGACAACUUCCUGCGGUGGUCAAAAGCAAGGUUACUGAAGAGGCUGAAUAUGGAAGAAGUUUGUUUGAGAGGCUGGCAUUAUUGGGAUACAAGAAGCAUCUUCUUAAUACUCAGUAUAGAAUGCAUCCAUCCAUUAGUUUAUUCCCAAAUAAAGAAUUCUAUGAGGAGCAACUUGUUGAUGCCCCCAUUGUUAGAGAAAUGGGCUAUAAUAGGUGUUUCCUUGAAGGAAAAAUGUACACUUCAUAUUCUUUUAUAAACAUAGCUAAGGGUAAAGAGCAAAGAGGCCGUGGACACAGUUCAAAGAAUAUAGUUGAGGCUGCUGCUAUCUCUAAGAUCAUUGGAAGCCUUGAAGAAGAAUUUUUGAGGACAAGGAAGAAAGUUAGCAUAGGAAUCAUAUCUCCAUAUACUGCUCAGGUGUACGAAAUCCAAGAAAAAAUAAAGCUAAUCAAUUCUAUUUCUGAUCCUAAUUUCUCUGUUAGUGUUCGUUCUAUUGAUGGCUUUCAAGGUAGUGAAGAAGAUAUAAUAAUAAUCUCCACUGUGAGAUCUAACGAGGAUGCAAAAGUGGGUUUUCUUUACAAUAAGCAAAGAGCAAACGUUGCAUUGACUCGGGCUAGAUAUUGCCUUUGGAUACUAGGGAAUGAAACAACUUUAGAAAAUAGCAACACUAUAUGGAAAGAACUAGUUCUUGACGCUAAGGAAAGAGGGUGUUUCCAUAAUGCCGAUGAGGACAAGAAAUUGGCUGAGGCUAUUGAGGAUGCCUUGCUUGAGAUUGAACUCCUUGACGACUCAGAAUCAUCAUUUAAGAAACUUAGUCUACAAGACAGAUCAAAGACAUUUGCUACCACGUCCAGGUAA